CAUUAAUAUGCACCGAAGCGGUUGCCAGACAGUUGUGGGAAUAUGGCGGAUGCUUUGAGUGUUGGGAUUAAUUUAGAUGCUUUUGCUCACGCUAUUAAUGCUAUCCAGCAGCUUCGCUCCAGUGUUACCCGGGUCUUUGACACUCUCAAGGAUGGAAUGAAGAACAAAGAGAUUCUGGAGGGCGGGGAGAAAUCCUUCAUUAGCGACUUUCAGGAGAACCUUCAUGCUGUCAACAAGGACCUGAAUGAGUUGGAACGUCUGAGUAACCUGGUCGGGCGACCAUCAGAAAGUCACCCACUCCACAACAGUGGCUUAUUGAGCCUUGAUCCAGUGCAGGAUAAAACCCCUCUGUACAGCCAGCUUUUGCAGGCAUACAAGUGGUCCAACAAGCUCCAGUAUCAUGCCGGUCUGGCUUCCAGUCUGUUAAACCAGCAGUCUCUGAAACGUUCAGCUAUGCAAAUGGGCGUAUCCGCAAAACGCCGGCCUAAGGUUCAGCCUACAACACUUGCUCUGCCUCCUCAAUACGUGGAUGAUGUUAUAGCACGGAUUGACAGAAUGUUUCCAGAUAUGUCCAUUCACUUGUCCAGACCAAAUGGAUCCUCUGCGGUGCUGCUGGUCACACUUGGAAAGGUAUUAAAGGCAAUUGUUGUGAUGAGGAGUUUAUUUAUUGAUCGGACAAUUGUUAAGGCAUACAAUGAAAACGUCUACACAGAAGAUGGGAAGUUGGACAUUUGGUCUAAGUCCAAUUAUCAAGUCUUUCAGAAGGUGACUGACCAUGCUACUACAGCACUGCUGCAUUACCAACUGCCUCAGAUGCCAGAUGUGGUUGUCAGGUCUUUCAUGACCUGGUUGCGAAGCUACAUUAAAUUAUUCCAGGCGACUUGUCAACGCUGUGGAAAAUUUCUACAGGAUGGACUGCCUCCCACAUGGAGAGAUUUCCGAACGCUCGAGGCCUUUCAUGACACCUGCAGACAGUAAUGCCCAGCUCACUGCCUAGUAACCAAGGAUCAUAUCAGGAUAUGGUGAUGUGUACAUCAGUGUGUGCAGGACCCUGGAUUGAUGCACCUGAUUGCAGGAUAUUAACAAUUUUCUACAGGGAUAAAGUUCUUCCUUUUGUUUUCAGACAAAAUAAUUUUGUAGUAAAGUACCCCAGAGAUAAAAAUCAAAAUACCUUCAGAUAGGAUAAGUAAAUCAUUCAGUUUAACAUGCUUUUCCUUUUCAGGAAAAAUUACAUUUAAAAGCAUUGUUUAUGCAUCUGUUAUAAUUUCACCUUUGGAAUGCAUUUUAUGUUUUUGUUCUUUCAUAUUCACCAUGUACUUUGUUUGGGGGUUUGGGACAAGACAUUUCACAAGUAUCACUCAUGGCUGUCUUAGUGCAGAUACUGAUCAAAUUAGAAAUUCACUCAGCUCUCCCAUUUAACUAUCCAAUAAUUGUGCUUUAUAGCAACCAUGUUCUCAAGGCUUAUGCCCUUACGUUUCUCCUUUAUAUUUUUGUCACAAUAUUUGCCUUGUUUCUUGUUCUGUUACUUCACCUCGCUUUAAAUUUUUGCAGUAUUUUCAUCCCACUAAACUAUUCAAUAAAAUAACCAGAGGCAUUUGUUAGAUCUGACCAUUACAGCAGUAAAGUAUUGCAUUCCCAACUACAAAACCCAAAUUCAGAUCUCAUUCUUAACUGACAUUCAUACUUUAAUCUCCAUCCUAGCUGGAUUAUCAGAGCCAUACCAUGAAUAGAGCUGUAUUUCUGACAUCUGGGGAACUUAAUGUUACAGAAUUUGUGAAGUUGUAAUGGAAAAUAAUAGUGAUUUGAUCCAUCUCCAUUCACAAGAGAGUCUUCUAAGAUUUAAAACAGAGGAAUUAUCCAGGGAAGGGUUGAAAAAUUUGUUUGCAUGCCAAUCCUCAUGUUCAGCCAGUUCCUUAAAUCAUAAAAUGAGAGUUAAAUUUAGCCAGCUGUUCCAUUUUAGUUUUAAUCUGCAAACUGUUGCUCCUUCUAAUGGACCAUUGUGACCACUCAAGUGUUCUUGAAUUCUAUCACUUGAAAAUGAAGUGGAAUGACAUGAGAGUGCUUCACGCUUCAGCACUAUCUUGAAGUGAAAUGUUAUUUUAAUGGUUUACUGUCCUUCUAGCAGGCAGACUUGUUACAUUCCUCGUCCUAUAAUAAUCAAGUUUUAUUUCACUUUAGCCAGAAUGUGAGCUUGGUUUUAACACUCCCACACAUCAUUUUGGAAGCUUUGUCAGUUUUGCAUGCUUAUAGUUGAUUUUUUUUUAAUGAAAUGAAAUCAGCUCAUAGUCUUCUGCUUUAAUGGUCGGGUUCUUGCUUCAGCGCUUUCAUCACUUGGGUGAGUUUUGCAUGUUUGCAGCCUGGCUGGUGGAUAAUCCCUAGACAGCAGUAAGUGAUAUGCUCCAUCUCACAAAUGGCCUAACCUGACUCCCUAUCCUGUCCUUUAUUACUCAUAGUGACCAAUUGUGAAAUAGAACCUCUAAUUAUGGGAAAUCAUUUUUUGCCUUACGCUAGUUGGAGGUUGUGUGCCAUUUUCUUGUGGCACAUUUUUUUAAGAAUUUCCAAAUCAGAUUUAUAGUUGAAAUGACUUUAAUUUCCUUUUAGUUAUAUAAAAACACGUGAAUUAUCACAUGAUGGUUGAUAGAAAGCUGCCUAUAUUUUCAGACACCCUUCUAUUGAAUAAAUGGAAUUUUCAACAGUAGUGCUGACUGCCAAGCGUGUAUCCAUUUGAUCAAAAUGUCUCUUCCGUCACAAAGCUAAGUACAAAAUACAAGAGGCCGUUCAGAUUAUCCAACUCAUUCUUCCACAGAAACCAUGAUUUCCCCCAUCAUAGCUACCUUCCUCUUAAACAAUGCUAAAGUUUUUGAUCAACUACCCUACUCGGAAGUCAAUGCUGGGUUAUCCGGCACGCUCUGGGAAUGAGAGGUGCCAGUUAAUGAAAUAUGCCUUUUAACUGAGUGUAAGGUGACUUCCAUGUUUUCAUCCAAUGAGUAAGUUCCGAGAUGAUCCCACGAGUGUUUGAGAUCUGAAGAGGUGCAGGAGCACGUGAAUCGAGUGAGUGGCUCUGAGGGGAAAUGGUGCUGCAGAGGCUGAGACUGGAGUGAGGACAGGCCACCAGUGAUAAUUACUGGUGAGUUUGACAUCUCCAAUCGAAAAAUGGACCCGAUCCAGAAUUACGGCUAAUAAAGAAUUCUGGUUAGUAGAGUGCCAGCUAACAAAGUUUACUAUUAGCCUUUGUGACUCCUGACUUCAGGCCUGAGCUUUUUAAACAUGUUUACCCUGUACAAUAUUUGUAAUUUAAGUUGAGGUAGCAAUCAGAAUUAAACUUCUGUAUUUUACACAGCAA